AUGGCUGGUACUAUUAAAGAUGAAACUAAUACAGUAACUACACCUACUAAACCAGAAACAGAACCAAAAGAAUAUAAUUCAAAAUUUAAACAAUAUAUCACCACUUCAAAGAAAAUUAUUACUAAAUAUGGUACUUUUAUUGGUCCUGGUAUCAUGAUUUCAGUUUCAUAUAUUGAUCCUGGUAAUUAUUCCGCUGGUUGUUCUGCAGGUUCACUGAAUCAAUAUUCAUUAUUAUUUGUUGUUUUAUUAGCUAAUUUAUUUGCAAUUUUUUUACAAAGUCUAUGUAUAAAAUUAGGAACAGUUACUGGAUAUGAUUUAGCUAGAAGUUGUAGAGAAUAUCUUCCUAAAAAAUUAAAUUGGAUACUUUGGAUUCUUGCUGAAUGUGCAAUUAUAGCUACUGAUCUUGCUGAAGUGAUAGGUACUGCAAUUGCUUUAAAUAUUUUAUUAAGAAUUCCAUUACCUGCUGGUGUUGUUAUAACUAUAGUUGAUGUAUUACUUAUUUUAAUUGCAUAUAGAGCAGAUACUGCAAGUAUAAAAUUUGUUAAAAUUUUUGAAUAUGUUGUUGGAAUUUUAGUUUUAGUUGUUGUUAUAUGUUUUGCAAUUAUGUUAUCAAGAAUUGAUGGUGAUGCUCGAACAAUUUUACGUGGUUAUGCACCUAGUUCACAAAUGUUUGAUGGAAAUGGAAUGUCAUUAGCUGCUGGAUUAUUAGGUGCUACAGUCAUGAUUCAUUCAAUUUAUUUAGCUACAAAUAUUACAAUUCCAAGAUUAAGAGAAUUUGAUGUUAAAAAUGGUUUAAUUAGUUUAGAUAAAAUUCAUUCAAUUGAUUCAAAAAGAGAUAAUUAUGAAUUGGAAGCUGAUUUUUUUUAUAAAAAUUAUAAACCUUCAUCAAAAGCAAUUCAUUAUUCAUUUAAAUAUUCAAUUAUUGAAAUGGUGAUUACUUUAUUUACAGUUGCAUUAUUUGUCAAUUCGGCAAUUUUAAUAGUUGCUGGUUCAACAUUAUAUAAUACACCAGAAGCUCAAGAUGCAGAUUUAUAUACUCUUCAUGAUUUAUUAUCAAAAACAAUUGCACCUGCAAUGGGAACAGUUUUUAUGGUUGCAUUAUUAUUUUCUGGUCAAAGUGCUGGAAUUGUAUGUACUAUUGCUGGUCAAGUUGUAAGUGAAGGUCAUAUAAAUUGGACGGUUAAACCAUGGUUAAGAAGAUUAAUAACUAGAUCAAUUUCAAUUAUUCCUUGUUUAAUAAUUGCUUCCUGUUUAGGUCGUGAAGGUCUAAGUAUUGCUUUAAAUAUUUCACAAGUUAUAAUAUCAAUUUUAUUACCUCCUUUAACCGCUCCAUUAAUUUAUUUUACAUGUUGUAAUAAAUAUAUGACAAUUGAAAUUAUUGAUAAAAAUAAUGAAAAAUUUGAUUAUGAAGAUGAAAAAACUGGGAAAAGGUAUAAAAGAAUGGCUAAUAAUUGGUUAACUUCGAUUGCUGCUAUUAUAAUCUGGGUAUUUAUUUCAAUUUUAAAUGUUUAUGCAAUUUAUGAUAUGGCUAAAAAUGGUGUAUAG